AUGAUCGUAAGUUAUUAUCCUCAACACUGCGUCAACAAUUCAAACCUCAACUUUUAUAUCAGCAUUGCUAAUACUUGCUUUUAUUCAUUUGAUACUGCUCUUACAAUUCCAGAUAAAUUAAGGGAUGCAGACUCAACAUUGAAUUUUAUUGGCUUCAAUAUUUCAGGAAGAGAAAUAUUCAAUUUUUAUGGCAAAUUAAAGAUCUUCUUUGAUACAAUGAUUCUCUAUUUAGAUUUAAACAAGUUUUCAUCAGAUGAAAAAAACGAAUGCAUAACAUUAUUCCAUGAUGUUACAUAA